AUGAAUCCCCGAGAUCAAUCUGAUAUGGGCCCGGGCCAUUCUUAUCCAUCCCCAAAUGGCGCGCAGAUGGCUCAGGGUGCUAUGCCCUACUACAGCAAUCGCCAACUGACGACCGAUGAACUCAUCUCCGCAGAACUGUCGCGUGAAGCCUCUGGCCCUGGACUAGGUGACGGAUCAAGUAAUGGAGUACAUCACAACCAAAACAUGGUUUUGGGCUCUUCAAAUGCCGGUGAUUUGGGUCGCCCCUCAUCCGAGGACCAGCACCCGCACCAACAUAUGCUGCAGUUCACGCCAAGUCAGCAGGUGGGCGUAGACCCAAACCAUGACUUGAGCUAUGGAGACCAAAGUGCGCGGAAAAGAUCGAAAAUCUCACGAGCCUGUGACGAAUGUCGGCGCAAGAAGGUGCGAUGCGAUGCGAGCUCGGAAACCGGCCUUGAAACAUGCUCGAAUUGUCGCCGAUUGGGCGUCGUCUGUCAAUUCAGUCGCGUUCCCAUGAAGCGCGGUCCUAGCAAAGGUUAUAUCAAGGAACUCGCCGAACGACUACAUACACUCGAAAGUCAGAUGCAGCCUCCUGGAAUCGUCCAGUCCGAUGUGCCAUACCAGGAUCAGGCUAUGAACGAUGUGUCUCUCCCAAGAACUUAUCAGGACUUCACUUCGCCUGUUGAUUCAGGCUCAGCCGGUCGAAAGCGAACAUACUCCGUCUUUGAAGGUCUCCCGAGCUCUUCAUUUGCCCAGCCAUCCUUUAAUACUCGAGCGUCCCAGAACGCGUUCGAUGCGACGGAUUCCCCCGCAGACCCCUACAACCCAACAGUUGCUAGCGGUGGCGCAGCGAAACCAGGAAACUUAUUCUGGACGCCAGCAAGCAAUGAACAAGACUUGCCUACUGGGUUGGAGAUGACAGACCUACACAAGCACGAAGGCGACGAUGAUAUGUCACCCGUUACCCUUGAUGAAGGCGCUCUUGAUGCAUACUACCAGAAAGUGCACACGCUCUUGCCAAUUCUGCCUCAUACCCGAGAACGAACGCUGGAACUCCUCCACCAGUGCAAUCGAGAGGCACAGGAGAUCUUUUGCUACGCGCUGUACACAGUUACUCGCACUGAUCUCAGUCGCGUCGCAAGUAAUUUUGAGCGUGUCACAUCAUUUGAUAAUGCACAGGAUCUUGUUUUGUAUCACACUCGUCAGCCACUAAUCGUCCACUCGACUGCAGCCAAUCUUAUCUGGCUACAAACUCUCCUUUUGAUGAUCAUUGAUUGUGAUCAACGCGGUCCUGAUAACUUUGUUCUCAAAGAUGGAAUCCCCAAGCACACCUUGGUUCAAGCUGCUUGCAAGCUUGGCUAUGACCUAGCGAAGAACCAGGGUCAACUGAGGAACAACCGUGAUUCAGAUCCAGAUGUUGAUUCAGAUGCUAACUUGACUCGACGCAACUGGGUAUCAUUAAUCAUCUUGACUCGUUGGUAUGCUAUCAGUGUGGCAGAUGCGACUGUAAUUGGAGGGCAAGAAAUUGGCGGUCGCGAAGAUGAGAGAGUAGUAGGCCACAUUACGACUGGUAUUGCAUCUUUUUCGACAUUCUUGUCUGAGCUAGUUACCCUGGCCACAGUGGAACACAAUGUCUGCCAGACCAAUUCCGGACUCGGCCGUAUGGUUGGUGCCAACUUAGUCGCUUCCCUUGAGCGCCUGUCAGAUAUGGAAGAUAUAUUUAGGGUUCAUGAGCUGCCCGAGCAUUCUGGCACUCGUACCCUUUUUGAGAGCCUGCAAAAUCAGCUCUACUGGACAGUUCGCCUACUCAUUAAGCGUCAUGUUUUUGUCUACAGCCCCUACGAGAUCAUCUACUGCGCCCAGGAGGUGAUCAAUGAGAUGCACAGAGCUACCGUGCAGGCCCGACUGGCAACGCCCUUUGAUCUACAUAGUCUUGCCCUCGCAACCAUGACCUUGCUCGAGGCCACAGUCCUCCCUGAACUCUCGAAUGACUGCUGGGAGGGGCUGGCUAAAGUAGAAGAAAUUUUGGAUCAUCGCCAAAACACGAGUCACACAAGUGAACACAACAAGAUAUUUUCUACUCCAGGCUGGGAUGCGAAAUUCCGAGUCUUCCUCGAAUGGCGUCGUGCCAAAUCGCAAGAAACCCAACUGCAAGAGGCGGUUAGCGGCGUGAGCAAAUCGGGCUCUAGUGUGCCGCCUCCCAUGGGUGCCAAUGAGCAGCGUUCCUUGCAGCACCUGGCUGAUUUGGCAGUUGGAGCUGAAGGCUCGGUUGGCCAAGCUACAUCUGCGACUCCACCUCCUGGCCUGUCUGCUGAAUAUGGUGAUGCAUCACCGAACCUUGCGCCUCAGCUGGUUCACUCUCAUGGCGGGGUUGGUCGUACGGUUGUGGAUUUCACCAUGUUAACCAAAGAGGGCUACUUGAAUGUGUUCUCCGGGUUGAUUUACAACCGUCGGUCUCGUUGA